GGCCUUGUGACCCGUUACGCCAUUCAAAAAUGGGCUCACGCACUUCCUCCUACUAUGUUUGGGUUUUAAUAAUCAAGGUUUACUGAUUCAGUUGAAAAUGGAAGAAUAACCGAAGCGGUGUUGGAAGAAGGUGAAUGGAUUCGUUGUCUUUACAAUCUCAUCUUAGUUUGAGGAGCUCAACCAGUACAUACCCAGCUAGAGGACCAGGAAUUGCAGUUCCUGAAUUUGUAAAAUUGCUUAAGGGUCCUUCAAAAUCCAGAUAUUUACCUCAGAGGUAUUGUAUGGCUACUUCAAGCAGGGAGGGGUUGAAGGGGAUAGAAGAAGGCGACGGAGUGAUAAUUGUGGAUCAUGGGUCCCGUAGAAAAGAGUCCAAUCUCAUGCUAAAUGGAUUUGUAGCAAUGUUUAGAGAGAGAACCAAAUACCCCAUUGUGGAGCCUGCACACAUGGAGCUAGCAGAACCAUCUAUCAGAGACGCAUUUAGUUUAUGCGUUCAACAAGGAGCACGUCGAGUUAUUGUGAGCCCCUUUUUCCUUUCUCCUGGACGACAUUGGAACCAGGAUAUUCCUUCAUUAACAGCUGAAGCUGCAAAGGAGCAUCCAGGAGUACCAUAUGUCAUUACAGCACCUCUUGGCCUUCAUGAAUUACUUGUUGAUGUUGUGAAUGAUAGGAUCAAUCAUUGCCUAAGUCAUAUUGCCGGGAAAGCAGAUGAGUGUUCAGUUUGUGCUGGAACUGGAAAAUGUCAGCUCCGCCAGUGACAUACUUGUGAAGCUUAGCAAGACUUUGUUAUGUAGAGAGACUUUGUUACCUAUGCCAGUUGACUUAUUAGGGUCUGAAUGCUGAGUUACUGCCUCUUGGCAGUAGGUUCAAUUAUCCCAAAACUCAAGUUACUACGAGGACAUUGAUAUUUGGGAGCUGGUAAUAGCAUUUCAAAUACAAAUAUCAACUGGAGGAUGCUUAGUUACACCCCACCGCUGAUGGAGAGUUGUGAGUGCUGGACUGCAGUUCUGAUUAUCCUCGUCUUUUGUUAAUCAUUUAACUAUUGUAAAUCAUCAUUUGUUUCUUACUGAACUCAUAGCUGCCCAUCAGGUGCUGGUGGGUUACUCUCUAUUCCUCGAAACAUUUGGUUUGAGAGUAUUGCAGUCUAAUAAUUGUGAUGUAGUGUCUUCCUCUACUCAUUUCCAUAAAUCAACAAAGUUCUAUUCACAUGGGUUGUAGCUGAAAUUGUUGGGUAUUGUAUUUAGCUUUUCUUGUCAAUAAGAAGAAUGUUCAUGUUUCAUAUGAUGAAA